AUGGUGGGGAAAAAAAUGCCCACAUUCCCUGACGUAAGAGGACUAGACACAGAAAAUAAGCGACUAUUCAGGGGGCAGACCUUGCUUGAGGACGCGGAGCGCUGCAGGCGGAAGACGCAGACGGCCUCCGCGCUGAUCGGGGGCUUGGCGGGAGAAAAAGAAAGAUGGACGGAACAAAGCAAAGAGUUUGCUGCACAAACAAAAAGACUUGUAGGGGAUGUAUUGUUGGCUACAGCUUUUCUAUCUUAUUCUGGUCCAUUUAACCAAGAGUUUCGCAGUCUGCUGCUCAAUGACUGGCAGAAGGAAAUGAAAGCCCGGGAAAUCCCGUUUGGAGACAAUCUAAAUCUCAACGAGAUGUUGAUUGAUGCUCCCACUAUUAGUGAAUGGAACCUCCAAGGUCUGCCCAAUGACGACCUGUCCAUUCAGAACGGAAUCAUUGUCACAAAGGCAUCUCGCUAUCCUUUGUUAAUUGACCCACAGACUCAAGGGAAGAUCUGGAUUAAAAACAAAGAAAGCCAGAAUGAACUCCAGAUCACCUCUCUCAAUCACAAGUAUUUCAGAAACCAUCUGGAGGACAGUCUUUCUCUUGGAAGGCCCUUGCUUAUUGAAGAUGUUGGGGAGGAACUAGAUCCAGCGCUGGAUAAUGUUUUGGAGAGGAACUUCAUUAAGACUGGGUCUACCUUUAAGGUGAAAGUUGGUGAUAAGGAAGUAGACGUGAUGGAUGGCUUCAGACUCUACAUCACCACCAAACUGCCCAACCCAGCCUACACACCCGAAAUAAGUGCUCGGACCUCUAUCAUUGACUUCACUGUCACCAUGAAAGGUCUGGAAGAUCAGUUACUGGGGAGAGUCAUCCUCACAGAGAAGCAGGAAUUGGAGAAAGAGAGAACUCAUCUCGUGGAGGAGGUAACUGCAAACAAAAGAAGGAUGAAAGAGCUAGAAGAUAAUUUGCUUUACCGGCUGACGAGUACCCAGGGGUCCCUGGUGGAAGACGAGAGUCUCAUUGUUGUGCUGAGUAACACAAAAAAGACCGCGGAAGAGGUGACACAGAAGCUGGAAAUUUCGGCCGAGACAGAAAUUCAAAUUAACUCAGCCCGGGAGGAAUACAGACCUGUGGCAACGCGAGGCAGCAUUCUGUAUUUCCUCAUCACUGAGAUGCGCUUGGUCAAUGAAAUGUAUCAGACCUCGCUCGGCCAGUUUCUUGGCUUGUUUGACCUUUCCUUAGCCAGGUCUGUCAAAAGCCCAAUUACGAGCAAGAGGAUUGCUAAUAUCAUUGAGCAUAUGACCUAUGAGGUUCAUAAGUAUGUGGCCCGGGGCUUGUAUGAAGAACACAAGUUCCUGUUCACCUUGCUGCUCACCCUGAAGAUCGACAUCCAGAGGAACCGAGUCAAGCAUGAAGAGUUUCUCACCCUUGUUAAAGGAGGUGCCUCCUUGGACCUUAAAGCUUGUCCUCCUAAACCAGCUAAAUGGAUCCUGGACAUGACCUGGCUGAAUCUGGUGGAACUCAGCAAACUCAGACAGUUUUCAGACAUCCUUGAUCAGAUAUCAAGAAAUGAGAAAAUGUGGAAAAUUUGGUUUGAUAAGGAAAACCCUGAGGAGGAGCCCCUUCCAAAUGCCUAUGAUAAAUCUCUUGACUGCUUUAGACGUCUUCUCCUUAUUAGAUCCUGGUGUCCUGACAGAACCAUUGCCCAGGCCCGCAAGUACAUCAUGGACUCCAUGGGAGAGCGCUACGCAGAAGGAGUUAUCCUGGACUUGGAAAAAACGUGGGAGGAAUCUGAUCCACGGACACCACUCAUCUGUCUCCUGUCUAUGGGCUCGGAUCCCACGGAUUCCAUCAUUGCCUUGGGGAAGAGAUUAAAAAUAGAAACCCGUUAUGUGUCUAUGGGCCAAGGCCAGGAGGUCCAUGCACGCAAGCUCUUACAGCAGACCAUGGCAAACGGAGGAUGGGCCCUUCUGCAGAACUGCCAUCUGGGGCUCGAUUUCAUGGAUGAGCUAAUGGACAUAAUUGUAGAAACCGAGAUGGUACAUGAUGCUUUCCGCCUGUGGAUGACCACUGAAGUUCAUAAGAACUUUCCCAUUACACUCCUUCAGAUGGCCAUUAAAUUCGCCAAUGAGCCUCCACAGGGUCUCCGGGCAGGCUUGAAAAGAACAUAUGGUGGUGUGAGCCAGGACCUGCUGGAUGUGAGCCCCGCAGCCCAGUGGAAACCCAUGCUCUAUGCGGUGGCUUUCCUGCACUCCAUGGUCCAGGAGAGGAGAAAGUUUGGUCCCCUGGGAUGGAACAUCCCCUAUGAAUUUAAUCAGGCUGACUUUAACGCCACCGUGCAGUUCAUCCAAAACCACCUAGAUGACAUGGAUGUCAAAAAGGGCGUCUCCUGGACCACUGUCUGCUACAUGAUAGGAGAGAUUCAGUACGGGGGCAGAGUCACCGAUGACUACGAUAAGAGGUUGCUGAACACAUUUGCUAAGGUCUGGUUCAGUGAAAAUAUGUUUGGAUCAGAUUUCAGCUUUUACCAAGGGUAUAAUAUUCCAAAAUGCAACACAGUGGAUAACUAUCUUCAAUAUAUCCAGAGCCUGCCUACCUAUGACAGCCCUGAGGUGUUUGGACUGCAUCCCAAUGCCGACAUUACUUACCAGAGCAAGCUGGCCAAGGAUGUGCUGGACACCAUCCUCAGCAUCCAACCCAAGGACAGCUCCGGGGGAGGGGAUGAGACCCGGGAGGCUGUGGUGGCCCGGCUGGCCGACGAUAUGCUGGAAAAACUGCCCCCCGACUACAGCCCAUUUGAAGUGAAAGAGAGGCUGCAGAAGAUGGGGCUGUUCCAGCCCAUGAACAUUUUCCUCAGGCAGGAGAUAGACAGGAUGCAGAGGCUGCUCACCCUGGUCCGCAGCACCCUGACCGAGCUGAAACUCGCUAUCGACGGCACCAUCAUCAUGAGCGAAGAUCUGGGGGAUGCGCUGAACUGCAUGUUCGAUGCCAGAAUUCCUGCUCGGUGGAAGAAAGCAUCAUGGAUUUCUAGUACGUUGGGUUUCUGGUUUACUGAACUUCUAGAAAGAAACUGCCAGUUUACCUCCUGGGUUUUCAACGGCCGACCCCACUGCUUCUGGAUGACAGGUUUUUUUAACCCCCAAGGAUUUUUAACUGCAAUGCGCCAGGAAAUAACGCGGGCCAACGAAGGCUGGGCCUUGGACAACAUGGUGCUUUGCAAUGAAGUCACCAAGUGGAUGAAGGAUGACAUUUCUGCCCCUCCCACCGAGGGUGUCUACGUCUAUGGCUUGUAUCUUGAAGGUGCUGGUUGGGACAAGAGGAACUUGAAGCUCAUUGAAUCCAAACCAAAAGUGCUCUUUGAGCUGAUGCCUGUCAUAAGGAUUUACGCGGAAAACAACACUUUAAGAGAUCCUCGGUUUUAUUCCUGCCCCAUUUACAAGAAGCCAGUUCGAACGGACUUGAACUACAUCGCCGCUGUGGACCUCAGGACGGCCCAGGUCCCUGAACACUGGGUGCUCCGUGGGGUUGCCCUUCUCUGUGAUGUCAAGUAA